AUGCCUCUCUUCACUUUGUCAUUCUGCGCCUCGUAUGUCACCUCAGGUGGCAUCGCGUACCCACUCUUGGUGGAGCUCGCACUCGUCUCAAAGGUCGUGAGUGUUGAGCUUAGAGAGCUCUCAGAGGCUGUAAGGAUAGAGGAAGUCUCGACCUCAGAGCUGGACUCGCUACUGGAAGAUGCUGAGGCGGUGGAGGAAGAGGGGAAGGUGGUGUACUCCGUUUCGCUGUACAUGGAUGAGCUAGGUACUUCGGGGGUCUCAGAGCUGGUCGAGCUGACAGACGUGAUAGGAGAGUCGGAAGAGGAUGUGUCAGAGGGUGUUACUGUCGGGACGGGCGUCUCGAUAGUACCAGAAUCACUGGUCAACGACUCUGAUGGCGUCUCGGAAGGCAAGACGAAGCUGCUAGUGCCUGAAGUUACCGACUCAGUGUACGAAACAAGCUCAGAGUCCCUCUCCGUGGUUGGCGAGGGCGUAGGCAAAGUUAUGACUCCAGACGACGUGGGUGUGGAAGAGUCUGAAGUCGUCUCAAUCGAGCUGAAGGAGAUGCUGAACGAGUACGGCAACGAGGAUGUUGCAGAGUCAGUCUCUGAAGCACUAGGCACACUGCUGGUAUCAUAUGUAGAAGAUGCCGUGUACGAAGGCGUGUAUGAGGCCAACGAAGAAGAAUCUGAAGAGGUUCCAGUUUCAGUAGCUGAUGACGACUCUUCGGAACUAGUGGGUGUAUAUGAGGAGCCGUCCGUGGUCGAGGAUCUGGACAUGGUGAGUGUUCUAGACCAGGUACGUGUGGAAGAACGACUCCGGGAGACUCUGGAUUUCCUAUACCACGUUGAAGUCGAGGUUGAAGAUGACGUGUAA